CGGAAACAACAACAUAGUUGUUUUGGUAUCCGCUUGUUGUGUAGCAGCACUCAUCUGUCAAAAAGGAAAAGAAAACCAUUAAUUAGCCAGGUUACACCACUGGAUUAAGGACGCUGGUCAGGAUCACCUUUACUAUGCUUUAUCCGAGUUGAUGAAACGAGCCGUGUUUCUAGAGAAAGACAGGCAUUUAGUUAAUUACAGUUAGCUUACUGUUAGCUCGCUAACUCAGAGACACUUCUGUCAACACGUUGUGUCCAGAUGGACUGCACGGCGCUGGAGCUCGAUGCUGUCAAAUUUGCCAAAACAGCGGUCACCUACGACCAGAGUGGCAAAUAUAACGAGGCUGUAUUUUACUAUAAGGAGGCAGCUCAGGCUCUGAUAUAUGCUGGCAUGGCAGAGUCCAAACUGGAGGGAAUCCAGGACAAAGUGAAUGAGUACUUGGAUCGAGUCCAAGCCCUCCACAACGCUGGCCAGGCCCAGAAGAGCGACCCGCUGAAGUCCCGUCAGCAGGUGGGCCUGGAGCGUGCCCACUUCCUGGUCACCCAGGCCUUCGAAGAAGACGAGAAGGGAAAUGAUGAUGAAGCCAUUGAACUGUACACUCAGGCUGUGGAGCUGUGCAUAAACACGUCCAACGAGACAUCGGAGCAGGCGCUGCAGAAUAAGCUGAAGCAGCUGGCACGUCAAGCUUUAGACAGGGCGGAGGGUCUUAAAGAAUCCCAGUCCAGAACAACUCCAACUCAAGACAGGACCGGGCCUCCUGGAGCCAAGCCCAGCAGUGGUGCUGGUUCUGUGGGACCGGUUCGCCAGUUCUUCCCCCUCGGGCCAGAAUUCAGCCUCCAUGACCGACAACAACCCCAGCCGGUCCGGGCGGUCCAGUCCAGCGAGCCCAGUGGUCAGCGCUACACGUCUGAGGAGAUCGAGGUGCUCAGGAGUACAUCUACAAUCAACGGCAUCGCCUUUGUGCCCUUCAUGAGUGUUGACCUGAGGGAGCGAUUUGCCUUUCCUGUCCCAUUCUCGGACAAAGCAGGGAAACUGGCACUUUCACCGAAACAGAAAGCCAUCUUCUCCCGCUGGGUCCGGCCAGACGAGAUCUGCAAUAACCCCACCAUGAUCAUGUCUGUGUCCAGCUUCAGCAUCAAACAGACGGUGGUGUCUGACUGUUCGUUUGUGGCAUCGCUUGCCAUCAGUGCAGCCUACGAGAGGCGCUACAACAAGAAACUCAUUACCAGCGUCAUCUACCCUCAGAACAGACGAGGGCACCCAGAGUAUAACCCCUGUGGGAAGUACAUGGUCAAGCUUCACAUCAACGGAGUUCCCAGGAAGGUGAUUAUAGACGACUACCUGCCGGUGGAUCAUAACGGAGAGCUGCUGUGCUCCUACUCCAGCAACAGGAACGAGCUCUGGGUCUCCCUGAUAGAGAAGGCCUACAUGAAGGUGAUGGGAGGCUACGAUUUCCCCGGCUCCAACUCGAACAUCGAUCUGCACGCGCUCACCGGCUGGAUCCCCGAACGCAUCGCUAUGCACUCAGACAAUCAGUCAUUCAGCAAGGACGACACUUUCCGUAUGCUCUAUCAGAGGUUUCACAGGGGUGACGUCCUCGUUACCACAGCAACGGGAGUGAUGACAGAGGAAGAAGGGGAGCGAUGGGGUUUAGUGCCAACACACGCCUACGCUGUUCUUGACAUCAGGGAUCACAAGGGAAUGCGUUUCCUGCAGCUGAAGAAUCCAUGGAGUCACCUGCGGUGGAAGGGCCGUUACAGCGAGCGUGACGAGAAGAACUGGACACCCGAACUCCUCAAGUACCUCAACUUUGACCCCAAGACAGCACAGAAGUUUGACAAUGGUGUUUUCUGGAUCGCAUGGGAGGACCUUUGUCAGUACUAUGAUGUCAUCUACCUGAGCUGGAACCCCGCCCUGUUCAAAGAUUCCUCCUGCAUUCACAGUAGCUGGGAUGGGAAGCAGGGCCCAGUGAAGGACGUCUACAGUCUGGCCAACAAUCCUCAGUACAAGCUGGAGGUCCAGUGUCCAACAGGGGGAGCUGCUGUGUGGGUGCUGCUCACCAGACACAUCACUGACAAGGAUGAUUUUGCACAAAACAGGGAGUUCAUCACUCUUGUUGUUUACAAGACAGAUGGGAAGAAGGUUUACUACCCAGCGGACCCCCCUCCUUACAUCGACGGCAUCCGUAUCAACAGCCCACACUACCUGACCAAGAUGAGACUGACCAGCGCAGGGACACACACCUUCACACUGGUGGUUUCUCAGUAUGAGAAACAGAACACCAUCAACUACACACUGCGGGUGUACACCGGAUGCAAAUUCACCUUCUCCAAGAUCCCAAAUCCCUUUACUCAAACCAAAAGGAUCAACGGCCAGUGGAAAGGGCCCAGCGCUGGAGGUUGUGGGAACUAUAAGGAUUCAUACAAACACAACCCGAUCUAUCAGAUUAACCUGGAGAAGCCUGGACCGCUGCUCGUCGAGCUCCGAGGAUCCAGGCAGUACAGUGUUGGCUUUGAGAUGGUGACGGUGUCGACGGUGGGGGAUCCGGGCCCAACUGCCCUCCAGAAAAGGACCAGUGGAGAUUACAGGUGUGGCUUCUGCUUCAUGGAUGCGGACCACGUCCCAGCAGGCCUCUACAACGUCAUCCCCUCCACCUUCCUGCCCAAACAGGAAGGACCCUUCUUCUUGGACUUUGCCAGCACCUCGUCCCUCAAGGUCUCCCAGCUCCAAUGAAGAUGGAGCUGGGAGACAGGACGGGGCAGGGACUGGGAGAGAGGACGGGGCAGGGACUGGGAGAGAGGUACUCAUAAAGGGUAUCAUGGGAUGUCGCUGAAACUGUACUUUGGAUGUCAUGAGGUGUCAUGGCCUUGAUAAAACGCAGAGACCCCAGAAAGAGGACAGAUUGUGGGCUUGAACUUCAAUGUUGGCAUGAUGGUACCACGCAGUUAUGGUGACUUCAGUAUGGAAUGAAACCCAUCAACAGUCAAGGUGUUUUGGGACAGGAUAAAAAACCCUUUCAGCAAAAAUUAAACAAGACAAAAUAAUAGUGACAGAGAGCUGCUUUACCUCCUUCUGCCAUAAUAAAAUAGAUUUAGUAUCUAUUGAGCAUUGACAUCAUCGUUCUGAUCAGACGGUUAAAUCUGAUGGAUCUCAUGAGGUGACGGUGAUCAUAUGGCCACAUCCUGGACUCGACAGGAUGCAGAGAUGUAACAGGGUUAAAAUGAACGCCAGCUGCAAAAUAAGCGCCAUGGCUGCCUGAAAGCAGCAAAUUCUUUUCAGGUUCUAUUUUUGCUGCAGUGAGCACCUCAGCAGUCCAGUUGUAGAGUCUUUAGGAAUAUCUAAAAUUUUACGGCUGUUUUGAGAUUUGUUUCUCAAAGGAAGGGAAAGGAAGUUCCUCAGAGAACUAGGAGGGCAUCUGUCCACGUACUCGUUCACGGUUUAGUCCCCUUAAUUCCAGUGGCAACAAUAUCUUAAUUCUACCGCAUACAGUAAUCUUUAAUGCCUCAUUUCCACUGUAUUGUUCGCCUCCACUCGACUUCGCUUUUUGGUACUAGGUCCUGUUCUCUAUUUCGUUUUCCACUGCAAAUAGUUCCCCCUCAGUGUAGGUGGGAUUUUCAAGUGAUUGCCGUAGCGACAUCGCGUGAAACUGCUGUGGCAUCAUCUUCACUCACUGAAUCCUUUCAUCUGCAACCAAACAUAGGAGCGGUUGUAGAGAUCAAGCUGGUCCCAGAUUUAAAUACAAUAAAAUAAGGUAAUAGUAGAUACAAGUAGAAACCACAAAGAAACAUUUAGGUUCACAAUAACUCCUAGUGAAAAAUCAACUCAAGCUUGAGAUGCUCACUACUGCAAAACAACUUGAGAAGAAGACGUUUCUUGAUGCUGGCAGUCAUGAUACAAAACUUUAUUCUCCAGUGUUGAGAAUUUCCAACAAAAUUAGGCCUCAGUUGUCUCUUUCUUUAAUUAUUACUCGACCUUACCGUGAUCAGACUUGAUGAGUUAGGUUUAAAUAGUCCGGAGUGUCGGCCAAAAUAGUAAAAGCUGUUUGAAAGUCUGUGAGGUGGAAGGAACAGUUAGUUUCCUUAAAUGACCGUGAAGGUUUCUUUUUAUUCUCAGGAGCAGUGCAGCAGAGCAGCACCACAGGGAAACCAGUAUGGCAGCAGUUGAAUGAUGUGUCUUCAUGCUGUCUGUGGAUGUGACGGCUGAGUGAUGAAAUAUCAGCCUGAUCUCACUGACAGGCCUCACGUCAGCACUCAGCUUGAGACAGGUAUCACACGCUGUAUGUGUGUGUGUAAAUGUUUGUCACUCUCAACAGGUAAAAAUGUAAAUGCAUUGCCAAGUACACAUCCUCUGUUUACUUUUUUUUUGUUGAUAUACUGCACUUUUUUUUCAUCAUUUCUCAUUAUGUUUAUUGCCAAACACAAUAUAUUGGAUUGAAAUAUCACUUUGUUUCUUAAACGCAACCCGUUUAAACAGUUUUUAGGAAGCGGCUAAUCUGACCAUCACCCUGUUUUCUUUACCUUGUUUUCAGUGUGGAAAGUUCCACCCAUCAGCAGUCUGUCUUGUACAAAUGUAGCUGCUAUAUUCUGUGCUGCUUAUCUCUGCAACGCUAGCAAAGCUUUGCAAUUGGGUAUGCUGUGGUGGAUUUGCUGAAUGAGAUCCAGGCUGCAUGUUGUGGUUUGAGCCCACCCAGCAACGUUAAGUGUUAAAAUUAACAAAAGAGGUCAUGUUGCAUCAUGUGGUAGCACUCAGCCAAUCUGACACUUAAAGUAAUAAUCUCGAAGAUUUUCAUUUAUAUAAAUGACUGUUAAGUCAGGUAACACAAUGGUGAUUGAGCCUAUGGUCCACUGAUGAAGGCCCUUGCAUUUGCAGUACUAUUAACUGGGUGUCUGUGGAGACAUUCCCGGGAAUUCCCGACACUGUUUGUAUCUCUGGGAAGUGAGAUCCAAAAGCACGCUUGCAAUUACUGCUUAUCGCCAUAUGUGCCGCCAAAGGGAAUGAAACGGAGAUCUUCGAGACUGUAACUUUAAGUAAUUGUGCUGACAUUUGCGUGACCUUGAGUUGUUUUUAUGUCAAACUACUUUUAGGUUUUUCUUUCCAAAAUUCAAAUGAGAAGUUAGUGACAGACAGCUGACACUUUUGCAAUGCCCUUUAGUUGGAAAUGUUUACACGAACGUGGCUGCAGCGGACUACACAGGGUUGUAUUAGUGUUGAGGUUACAGUGCAUGUUGUCACACUACUGAGCACGAUUCACAACUGUAAGCUGCUGUAGUGAAUGUAAAGCUUAACAGUCUGACACCAAUGAUUAUUUUCAUUUCAUUAUUGUUGCACUUAAUUGUUUGUUUAGCUUAUAAAAUGUUUUAAAAAAUGUCCCUCACACGGUCAAAAAGCCAAAGGCUAGAUCUCCAUUUCGCUUGUUUUGUCCGACCAACAGUUAAAAACUAAAACAAAUAUUCAGUUUACAGCGAUAUAAAACACAUUAAAUCAGCAUCACAUUUCUGAACGUGGAACCAGUGAUGUUUUUGCAUGUUUGCUUGAUAAAUGACUCAAACUAUUAAUUGAUUAUCAAAAUUGUUAUUGAUAUAUUUUUUUGCCUAUUCGAGGAAUCGACUAAUUGUUUCAGCACUAGUGCGGCAUGUGUUGUGUGCACGUGGCUCUCAUUUCAAUGCAGACUGCAUCAACAGGGCACUUGUGCACUAAACGAUAUUACAAAAACAUUUUCAUAAUAUAAUCCACAAGACUUUUUAGAUGAUUUCAUUAUGUUAACCCCACGCUUUGGCUUUGCUUUACAAUCUUUCAAUUUAUUUAUUUGUGUUUAUCCCGUGAAGAACUUGCCUCGGUACACAAUAUUUCAUGUGCAAAUUUUGUAUGUGAUAAACUUGACCUGGUUCAUAGUAAUGCUUCCGGGGAGCAUGGUGACAGUUUUCACUCAUAAUUACUGUUAACAAUAAUUCAUAGUAAGGCCAGUGCUGACUGGUUGUUGACUGUAAAUGAACUAUAAAUGCUGGUGUGCUAAAAGGUUGCAAUGUUCUGUUCGGAGUGAAAUAUAGCUUUAAAUAUCCAUUGCCAAGUAUUUCUGUCAAAUAUCCACUUUUUGAAUGAUGAUGAAUCAUUAUAUUAUUAUUACGAAUGCUCAUGACUCUCUGUUACCAUAUUCGGUUUUGUCUUUUUAAUUGGCAACAAGCCGACUAAUUUAAAUAUGCAGAGGGACAAUCUCUUGCAGCGACCUGUUGUAUGAAUGAUGUUGUAAUGUUUGCAGAACUUGCACUAAAUGUUGGGUAGACUGACGUGUUCAGACUUUGAAUACAGAAAACGAUAUCUGCUUC